GAUGGGGGCCACAGCCGGGCCUGAUGGCAGGAGCCCAGAACACAUGGAGCUCUAAUCACGUCCUCUAGAAGCCACAAGGUGCUACAGUUCACGUGGAGACACUGAAAAGGUUGUGUGCCCAUGAGGUCGUCCAUGCUGGUCCUGUUCCUUCUCUUCAGCGCGCAGGCUGUGGCCGCCAUCGCAGGAGCAGCACAGCAACAGUGUCCAGGCAACAACCCCAGCUCCGUCCCCACAGUGGACCCCAAACUCUUCACCAAACGCCGCUACCUCUCACCCAGGGUGCUCUUCAGCGCUCAGCCCCCUGAUGCGGAUCCGGCGGGGUCACAGGGCAGAAGGACCCGCCGGCGGGCAGGACAGCCUCAGCACCGUGGGGUUUACUCGGUGUGUGAGAGCAUCAGCGUCUGGGUGGGCAACAAGACCAAAGCCACGGACAUCUCGGGCAACGAGGUGACAGUGCUGCCAGACGUCAAUAUCAACAAUGUCAACAAGAAGCAGUACUUCUUCGAGACGACGUGUCACAGUGCCCGCUCAGGCAGCUCUGGCUGUUUGGGAAUCGAUGCGAGACACUGGAACUCCUACUGCACCAACUCACACACGUUCGUACGAGCGCUGACUUCCUUUAAGAACCUGGUGGCGUGGAGGCUCAUACGCAUCAACGUGGCCUGCGUGUGUGUGCUGAGCCGCAAGUCAUGGCGGCAGUGA